AAGCUACACUCCUCCUUUAACAUCCUUUAACAUAUAGAAAGAGAAACAAUAAAAAAAAAAGAGAAACGGAAAUGGAAAUUAAUACCUGAAAACUCUUGUGGAGAGCGAAGAGCCGAAGAAGAUAACAAAUUAUUUGAGAGGGACGGCAAACGACGGAGAAGCAGUGGUCCGGCGAGCGGCCACAAAGACCGGUGGGAGAGAUGCAGGUGGGCGAUAGACGGCAACGUUUUUCCGGUGAGAUUUGGAAUUUUUCCGGCGUCGAUAUUUCUAGGUCUCCAUUGUUUUCUUAACAACCCAAAUCUUUGAGUUAAAAGAAUUUUAUGUUUGAUUUGAUUUUUUAUUUUGUUUUAUAGAGAGUUUCUUAACUUAAUUAAUUUCCUAAUGUAAUACGGUUUGUUUUGAUUUUACCGUUGAUUCUUCUUAUUUGGUGAGUGAUUUUCGGAUGAGUUAAGUUUAUCACUUGAUAACAAAGUUUUGUAAUUUACAUCACAUAUACAGGUGAACUCAAAACGGAGGGGCCACUUGGCAAAUAUACUGAUAUUGGAUUUUUUUUAUAAAAAAAAACUAUAUAUAUAAAGUAUUAUGAGCCUUAAAACCGGGGAGGCCAUGGCCCCCUGGCCCCUCUUAGCAUCCGCCCUUGGCCUCAUCUAUAUAUAGAUAAUGGGUGUGCGGCCAUACACUUAUGUGUGCGGCCACACACUCAUUUGUGUGGCCACAUACUCCCCUAGAGGGAGUGUUUGGCCUUUUUGCAACCCUAGAUCUUAGGCCAACCCAUCCCUAAGUCAAACUUUGGUUGUACGAGGCUUUAGAUCAUCCAAACAGACUCAAACAAUGCUAAAAGAUAGCUGAAACGAGUUUAACAUUGAUAGUAUUGAAUAGGUCAACAAGGUAAAUGUUCCGGGGUGUCACAUAUGGUGGGUGUGAUUGAAAACGAUACCAACCACGACGAAACCCAGAUACCGACGGUAGCGGUGUCGAUGAUGGAUUUCAAAAUCUAUUAGAGGAAGCCUAACUAAAAUUAUAUCCUGGAUGUUCGUUUUCGUCCUUUUACUUUUUAGCAAAGCUGAUGCAUAUCAAGGUGAUCAACAAAUGGACUGAUAGUUCAUUUGAUUAGCUUCUGGAGUUGUUGCAAACUGCAUUUCCUCAAGGAAACAAGGUCCCCCCCAGUCACAUUACGAAGCAAAAAAGACACUUAAAAAGAUCGGCUUGGGUUUAUGAAAAUACAAAGGGCAAGAAGGUGGUUCAUAUGGUGUUAUGAUACUUUCUCGUGACCCCCAGACUACAACGUUUGUACUGUUCUAGACACACAACUAAAGAUAUGAUUUGGCACAGUACCGGAUGAUCCAAAGAUGGUACGGUGCUUCAUCCCGUUGAUGGUACUUCAUGGAAAAAAUUUGAUAUGAAGUAUCCUAACUUCUCGAGGGAACCCCGAAACGUAAGCUUAGGGCUUGUUGCUGAUGGUUUUAAUCUAUUUGGUAACAUGUGUAAUCCUCAUAGCACGUGGCCUAUCAUACUCACCACUUACAAUAUUCCACCAUGGCUAUGCAUGAAAGAGUCCUCCUUCAUGUUGGCCUUGUUGAUUCCUAGCCCCGAAGCACCCGGGAAGGACUUGGAUGUGUUCCUUAGGCUGUUAGUGGAUGAGUUGAAGCAGUUAUGGAUUUUUAGUGUACGUAGUAAAGACGCAACGACAUAUACAUUCUUCAAUAUGAAAGCGAUGUUAUGGACAAUAAACGACUUUCCAACUCGUAGUAGUUUUUCCGGUUGGAGCAGAAAAGGGUACCAAGCUUGUCCGACUUGCAACGAAGACACUCCGUCAUACCGAGUAUCAAAUAAAGUUGUAUAUAUUGGUCAUCAUCGGUUCUUAGAUGCUGAUCAUCCAUGGAGAAAAAGUUUGGUCUAUAAUGGUGAACAUGAGACAAGAGGCUCUCCAAGACAAUUUAGUGAGGAAGAAAUACAAGCGCAACACACUCGUCUAUUGUUUCGUCCACUAGAUAACGUAGCUGUUCAACGAGCUGGUAUUAAGAGAAAUCGUGAGGAGUUCGAGUGGAAUUGGUCUAAAAAAAGCAUAUUCUUUGAACUUGAGUAUUGGUCUUCUCUUGAGCUGAAGCACAACUUUGAUCUUAUGUAUAUUGAAAAAAAAAUGUGGGUGAGAGUCUUUUGGGUACUUCUCUGAUGAAUGAUAAGUCUAAAGACACAUCAAAUGCUCAGGCGGACUUGACAAAACUAAACAUUCGGAAAAUUCAAUGGUUGAAAAAAAGUGGCAACAAGUUCCUUAAACCUCACCCACCUUACUCGUUCACGAAACCUGACCGAAUUCAUUUUUGUAAAUUUAUAAGAGAUGUGAAACUGUCGGAUAGGUUUGGAUCUAACAUCAGUAAGAAAGUGAAUGAAACCAAUACUAACAUUACUGGGCUGAAAUCUCAUGAUUUUCACAUUCUUAUGCAAUGUUUGAUACCCAUUGGAGUUAAAGGGUUUUUGGGAAAAGGUGUUUAUACACCAAUAGUAGAGCUUUGUAUGUUUUUUAAGCAACUUUGCUCAAGAACACUAUCGGUGAAGGAUAUGAAAGAAGCGAAAGCAUCCAUUAUUAAAAUAUUGUGCAAAUUAGAAGUGAUCUAUCCUCCUGUGUUUUUUGACAUUAUGGUUCAUUUAGUUUUGCAUUUACCUGAUGAAGCUAUUUGCAGAGGCCCAGUAUGUAUGAGAUGGAUGUAUCCUUUCGAAAGGUAUAUGAAAAAACUAAAAAACUAUGUCAGAAACAAGGCGAGACCAGAAGGUUCUAUAGCUGAGGGUUAUGUCGCUGAAGAGGCAUUAUCAUUUUAUUCGAUGUAUCAUGAAGAUGUCGAUACUCGUUUCAAUCGCAUCGAAAGAAACGAAGAUGUUGUCAUACAAGAAAAUGAAACGAAGAUGUUGUCGACCGGCUAGCGCAAAGAAAAUGAAAAAUCUCAGUCUAGAGGAAAGAAAACGUCUACAUUGGUUUGUGUUUGAUAGUUCUGAGGAAGUCAGAAAGUAUAUUGCUGAAUUCAAAUCAUUACAUACUGAAAGUGAUGAAAAAACCGAAUUCCCUAAAUGGUUCCUUCAUAAGGUCUAUGAUAUGCAAAAACAAAAAUCUUCAGAGUUUAACAAGGAGUUAUUGGCUCUUUCAAUCGGUGCACAUGUGAAUGCCUUAACUUACAACACUUGCAUAAUGAAUGGUGUUAGGUUUAUGGUACUUAUGCGUGACGCCCAACGAUCAACACAAAACUCGGGGGUUCUAACUGAGGGAGAGAAUAAGGAGAAAUAUUAUGGUUAGCUAGAAGAGAUUAUCGAGUUGCAUUAUCCUCAUAAAUAUUCCACCGUACUUUUUCAUUGCAAGUGGUUCAAUACUGCAGGAGUUAAAUCUGAUAAUAAUUUCACCAGUAUCGACCCACAAUGUGAAUUGAGCAGCGAAGAUCAACUCAUAUUUGCUACGCAGUCCAAGCAAGUAUUUUACAUCCAAGAACCUUCUCGAAAUGACGAAAAUGACAACCAACGGUGGGUUGUUGAAAAUGUUAAUCAUAGAAGAAUUUGAGAUCUACUGAUGAACGAUGUCGACCAUGAUCCCAUUGAAAAUGUCGACAAUGAUUCAACGGAUGUCAUUCUUAGUAAUGUUUCUUCUAAUUUCACUCUCUCAUUCGACUUUAGCCAGUACUUUCAAAAUUCUCAAUCGGUUGAAGAUGAUAUUAAAGUUGACCCACCAACAAGUAUCAUCAGUAAUGUGUCUGAUUGCGAGACUGAUUAUGAUGAGGAAGAUUCUAAUUAUGAUAGUGAUGUGUCAGCAGACACUGAAGUGUCUGGGGGCGAGAAUGAUUAAAAAAAUCUUUACAUUUGACUAGUAAAAUAAGGAUGUCCUUUUUUUGGAUUGCAUUGCUCCACCUCAUGGCUGUUGUGAUGGGCCAUGGAGGUGACGAGCCACCACAUCCGUUCGGUAAAGGUUUUGGUGAUCACCAGAACGAUGGUAUACGAAUGUUUCAUUCGGGAGGUUAGCUAUAUGUGGCGCGACAUCGGUUUUGAUAAAGACAUAUGGAUAGACGUUUCAGAAGCCGAAAUGGUUGGAAUGUUGCUGUAUCUUUCGAGAUGGUUUGAUUUUGACGCGAUUACAAAUCAUCCCAUGGCUCCAACUUAUUGGGCGUCACUGAACAAUCGGAUAUGUACGCGGUAUAGAGGCCACAAAAAUAUUGCAAAAAACCGUUUGACUGAUUUUGCAGGAGAUGUGGACGUAACAAGGGCUCGAGCCCCUAUGGGUAUGGAUCAGCAGCAUUGGAAUGCCACUAUUAACCAUUUCUUAACAGAAAAACAUCAAAAACGAUCCGCUGCAAACCAAGAAUGUCGGAAGAAGCAAGUAGUGAAGAAUCGUGGAGGGACGUGCAACUACGGUAGUGUUUGUUUCAAGAAAAAUUUGAAUAGACUUGAAGUAUUUCAUCGUGCGCAUGUGAAUAAAAAAGGGGAAUUUGUUGAUCCUUUGGUUGGAGAGCAAUAUAAUGCCCUAGUUGCUGAGGUUGCUCUACAGACUCAUCACAUAGCCGACUCUGGUGGUGAUCCAGACACCAUUUAUUGGAUCGCAAUAUUUGAGAAGGUGUUGGGUACACGAAGGGGGCAUGUGAGAGGCAUUGAGCCUAAAGCUUCUUCAGCUGCGGGUACAAGUGCUUCAUCCCAAUAGCAGUCACAGUCACAAGCACCGCAACCAACACAGGAUGUUGAUGUGAAUGUUUUUCUUCAAAACCUGACAUUUCUGACGGCCAUUGGAGACAUUAUCCUCUCCUUUAAAAACCAAGUCAACAACAACGAAUAAAAGAAUGAUCGGGAAGACGAAGACGAAGACACAUAAGAUCUCUUGUUUUAUGUUAUGGAUGAUGUUAUUUUGGAUUUAUUAGAUAGUUUAUGGAUUAUAUAUUAGAUGUUUAUUUGGGAUUUAUUAGAUAUGUAAUAUGGUAUGUUUGAUGUUUUAUACUACAGUAUCUAUUUAUUUAUGUAUUUUUAUCAAA